GGUGUUAGGCCUGACUUAGAAUUAAUUAAUUUUAAUAUUUUUAAAGUUUGUGUUUUGCUCUUUGCUUUCUUAAUCAACUUCUCUGUAUUUUUUGAAUUUGAGUUGGUUCCUUGUUUUGCUUUUGCUCAUGACACUUUUUCUAUGCAAUUAUUUCCAACAGAAUUGAGGCAAUCCAAAACUUAUUAUAUGUUGCGCACAACAAUAGCAAUGGUCACACAAACAAUUGGCCCAAUACUUUUGAUUACUUUUUUAACAGCGAUUACAGAAUAUAAAGUUGCUGUUUCAUUAAAAGCUAGAAGAAUACUUUUUGAAGCCCAAAAUAGAAGUCGUUCUGUUGUUGCUUUGGAGGAAUUGAAAGAAAAAGUUUCUAGAACUGUUUCGAUUUUUAUUGCUAUUAAAUUUUUAAUUUUAAGGUGGGUUUUUAAACUGUCGAAUCUCAAUAUAAGAGACCCCCCUAAUAGUCUCUUAUAA